GCUGUCAACUACUAAAUAAUCUCUUAAAACAGGUUGCAAAUGUAGCCUGAAAGAUGUUUGAUUUUAACAUUGUGCUUUUGGUCCAACUUCUAAAAAGGCACAGGCGUCGUGUUUUUACAUUUUGAGCAUAGGUGUGAUAAUUAAAUGAUAAUUUGAUAAUAAUUAAAGGGUGUGUAAAUAACUGACAAAGAUUUGGGAGAACUUAAAGUCAAAAAAUAAAAAGUGUGACUGGCACUAGGACCCGGUGGAGCCCUGCACGGUGAACCAGCGGCAGCACAGUCAAACUCCAAACUCUCAGCGGCCACUCUGACUCACUCGGCCGCUCGGAGGUUGACAGAGCUCGGCUGUGUCCGUGGCGAACACGCCUUGAGUUGUAACCGUCGCUUUUUGAAUGAAGCCAGAAAAGGAAUAACACCGGAAAUAACCCUCGUGUUUAAAACCUGAGUGGACAUGGACUCCAAACGACAAAGUGUGGCGAUGGAGCGACUUGUAAACGAGCUGGGCUCUCUGCUGAAGAUGCUGGACAUGGAGACAGUCAGCCCCGCUACCUCUGAGAAGAUGGCCUCCAUACGCAACAUCCUGGAGUCGCUGCAGCUGUCAGUCAAUGGAUCAGACGUCUACAUGAACAGCUGUCUCUACGGCAAUGGAACCAGUUUUGUGGAGUCUCUGUUUGAUGAUUUCGAUUGUGAUCUGCACAUGCUCAGUGCGUCUCCAGUGGAACAGAAAGAGCACAAAGAGGACAAAGAGGAAGAGGAGAAGAAUCAUCUGAAUAAAUCUACGCCCACGGACACGCCCCCUCCACUGCCAACCACCCCCCUCCCUGAUGACUACUACGAAGAGGCUGUUCCACUGGAUCCAGGAUCUACACCUCAGUAUUUUACCACCAACAUGAACACAUCCAGGAACUCAGUGGAGGACGCCUACUAUGAAGAUGCAGACAACAACUACCCCAUCACCCAGAUCAAUGGACCUCCUAAAAACUCAUACAAUGACUCUGAUGCUCUGAGCAGCUCCUAUGAGUCCUAUGAAGAAGAGGAUGAAGAGGCCAAAGGACGGGACCACAGAGAGGAGAGCUCAGAUGUGCCCAUGAGGGACUGUCGCAUCUGUGCCUUCCUGCUACGGAAGAAACGCUUUGGCCAGUGGGCCAAACAGCUAGUCGUCGUCCGAGACAACAAGCUGCAGUGCUUUAAGAGCAUCAAAGAGAGCUCUCCUCAAACAGAGCUCCCGCUGAGUCUCUGCAAUGUCAUCUACGUCCCGAAGGAAGGCCGGAAAAAGAGACACGAGUUACGCUUCUCGUUGCCCGGAGGCGAAGCUCUGGUCCUGGCGGUUCAGAGUAAAGAGCAGGCCCAGCGAUGGCUUAAGGUGGUGCAAGAUGUUGGCAGCCAGAGUAGCAACACUGAAGGACUGGAAGGGUCCACAUCUCCAAUUAUACAGAGGAAGCUGGAGCUGGACAAGGUGCUGCAGUGUGACCGUCAGGCGUCAGACUCAGACAGUGGACCAACAGCAGACACUCAGUCCACCGUGCAGCAGGGACCAGGACGGGACUCCACUGACUCACUGAGCCGGGGGAAACGAGGAGCCUUCUCAGAGCUGACGGGGUCGAUGAGCAGAGCAGCGGGGAAGAAAAUCAAUCGGAUCAUCACGUUCUCCAAAAAGAAACCUCCUCUACCAGGAGAGUCUACUUCUUCUGCUAGCCAUCAUGACAACCCGCGCUGUGGCUACCUCAGUGUGUGUCUGAGCGGCUCCUGGAAGGAGCGUUGGUGCGUGGUGCGAGGUGGAAGCCUGUACCUGCAGAAGGACCCCGCAGACCAGCGGCCUCCAGUCGCUGUGGUGCCACUGAAAGGAGCAGAGGUUGUGACGGGCGGACUCGGCCCUAAACAUCCGUUCUCCUUCUACAUCCUGCAGGGGGGCAACGAGCUGGCAUCUUUGGAGGCCAGCUGCUCAGAGGAUCUCGGCCGCUGGCUGGGUGUUUUGUUUGCAGAGACCGGCAGCACCACUCUCCCUGAAGAGCUGCACUACGACUACAUCGACGUGGACACGCUCACUGACAUCCGGCACGCAGCCAGACACUCCUUCCUAUGGGCCACUACCACUGCUGCUUCCUCCGGCGGGGCCUCAACAGACUCAAGGACUUAUGAUGAUGUCUAUGAAAGUGUUGCGGAGAGUGAAGCUGAGAGCAGAACUGGUCAGAUAAGACGUCACGCCUCGUUCUCCAGCAGGGACUCAGAAAAAACAGAACAACAGGCCGCCGUCAAAAGACACGCCUCCAAUGUGAAUCAUUACGCACGAUACGGGAAGACCCGGGCAGAAGAAGACGCCAGACGUUACCUGACACAGAAAGAGGAGCUGGAGAAACAGAAGGAACAACUCAGACAUGCUCUGAUCUCACUGCGCAGAGAGAAGAAGGAGGUGAAGGAGGAGAUGAAGAGCACGACAGGUCAUGGUGUGGAGCAGCGGUUAGCUAAGGUGGAGGCGCUGUGUAAACAGAAAGAGGAGGAGCGGGUGGAGCUGGAGCUUAGACUGACGGAGGUCAAAGAAAACCUGAAGAAGUCAUUGGCUAGAGGAGCUCUGGGUCCACCCACCGACACCAAGAUCAGCAUCAAGGCUCAGGGCAGCAAGGUUGAAAAGGUUUACAAUGAGACUCUGCCUGUGAAUGCAGCAUCAGAGCUUCGAAAACGCCCUCCAUCUAUGUAUGCCUCGUCUAAGGGGAACGUCAUGCAGAAAGCAAAGGAGUGGGAGUCGAAGAAGGGGACAUAGACUGAACAGGAUCAGAUCGAUGAAGGAAGGACUUGAGGAGCUGUGACUGGAGGAUGUGUUGAAGGAGAAACAGAUGAAGAUAACUGGCACUGGAAAGAAGAAGAGGAAGAAGAGGAAGAGGAGGGGAGCAAUCAGAAAGAAGGACAGACUUUAUCCCACUCUCUCCUCCUCUCUCUCACUUAAAGAAACAGAGGAAGUACAGGCAGCGUGGUGCUCACUUACACUGUACAUACGACAGACUGGACUGACGCAGCAGUGCAGUAUUGAUGUGUUUGACUUUGAACAUGUUGUACACGUGUUUGUGUGAAUUUGCAUGUGUGUUUACAUUUGCACAGGGCUGCAGAAAGUUACAAAAUGUGAUUAUGUCAUAGAAUUUAAAGCAAAGGGAGCGUUUGAUCAAUACUGUGAGUUACAUGUUACAGGUUAACUUCCCAAACUGCAUCACCUGAUUUCAUCCCCUCAUCCUGAAACAUUUGUAAACUUCAGUGAAAAAACAAGAACCAAAAAAAAAGUAUAAUUAAGUUAUCUAUAUUAGAAAGAGACGAUUAGUGUAUUUAAACCAGUGUGACUCUGCUCCUGGAACCAAUAAGUGGAUGUUUAUUAUCUCAAUGUGAAACAUGGUUUUAAACUAUUAUAAGUAUAUUUCUAUUUUUUGCUAUUUGCACUUUAACUUGUUGUAUUUUGUACUUCUAUAUAAAAGUCUUGGAAAUAGGCCAAAGCACCAAAAACUGUCUGAAUCAUGUGAGGAUGGACGCCCGUCUGCUCUCCCUGUUCUGCACAGACUCACACAUGUAGGAGGGAACUAAAGACUCUGUAGAGUGGACUCUGUCUCCUGGUGUGUUUCUUUUAGUGUCAACAUUUUUAAUAUCCCCACUCAUGGAAGAGUUUUUGCUGCAGGGUAACUUUUCCUCAAGGAUGAAAACUCUGGAAUACUAGCGCCAUCUUGUGGUGUGUGGCGGGUUUCUAGAGCUCUGCUAUGAUCAUGCAGAUAGUUUGAAUGUUUGGGUGCAGCACUCCUUUAAUUUCCUGUCAGUGCAUUUUAUUGCAGGAGACAGAGCAACACACCUAAAACUCAAGAGAGUGCAAGCUGACAUUUUAAGUCAUACUUCUCCAAGGUAGAAGUGUGUCCACAUAUUUCAUACUGAACCUCAUACAGGCACAAAAUAAGAGAGGUUGUUUUUCUCUGUAUGCAUUCAAAUCAAAGAAAGUAUAUUGAUGAUCAUUUCUGAUGUACCCAGCACACAACAAGUUAAUAUUUGAUUUUAUUUACCCAGGAUCAAAGACAAAGUCUCUCUCUCUCUCUCUCUUGAAAAACAGAAGAAAAAAAGAGUCUCACUUACGAUGCAAAGCAUUAAAAAGUUACACUUUAUUAUUAUUUCUUAACAAACAAAAACGUCAUUAACUUUAUUCAUAGUGAAGUGGCACACACAUCUCAGAAACCAGAGUUUAUACAGUCAUGGAAAAAACCUGAAAAAGUCAUGAUAUCUGAAAAUAACCCAGAAACUUUGGAUCAAAAACACCUGUAUGAGUAAAUCUGUGAACAUCGUACCGGUGUCAGUGUUACUUCAAUAAAUGUUUAUUUUGUAUGCAACCA